GUCUGACUAGAUCGCGGAUUGGGAGAGAAAGAAAUCUAGAGAUUAUCAAAUCGUUACCUUCCCUUUCCUGUAGAUUCUUAUUUCCCAUCCAGUGACCAUCCCCGGCUCUGUUUCCGCCACUUGUAUCUUGUCUCUUGUUAGAUCCGUUUCCCAUUCGAAAACCCCACCAACCGCCAAACUGUUCUCCUCAACCUUUAGAAGAACUCUCCGAUCCAGCGCAUCUGGUCUCACAGUCGCUGCUGCCGCAACCGCCUUCAAGAAAAACACUCCGGUUCAACCUGCCGAACUUCAGGCCGUCACAAAAAGAAACAUGCACAGCAAAGUAGUCAUCAUCGGCUCUGGGCCGGCCGCCCACACUGCCGCCAUCUACCUGGCCCGCGCCGAGCUGAAGCCUGUACUUUACGAGGGCUUCAUGGCCAAUGGCAUCGCCGCCGGUGGCCAGCUCACCACCACGACCGAAAUCGAGAACUUCCCCGGUUUUCCCGAUGGCAUCAUGGGCCAGGAGCUGAUGGACAAGAUGAAGGCUCAGUCUGAGCGUUUCGGCACUCAGAUUAUCAGCGAGACUGUUGCCAAGGUCGACCUCUCUGCCCGCCCCUUCAAGUACGCUACCGAGUGGUCCCCCGAGGAGUACCACACUGCCGACUCCAUCAUCCUGGCCACCGGCGCCUCUGCCCGCAGACUUCAUCUCCCUGGAGAGGAGAAGUACUGGCAGAACGGUAUCUCUGCCUGCGCCGUUUGCGAUGGUGCCGUUCCUAUUUUCCGCAACAAGCACCUCGUUGUCAUUGGUGGUGGCGACUCCGCUGCUGAGGAGGCCAUGUAUCUCACCAAGUAUGGCAGCCACGUUACCGUGUUGGUUCGCAAGGACAAGUUGAGGGCCAGCAGCAUCAUGGCCCAUAGGUUGUUGAACCACGAGAAGGUCACUGUCAGGUUCAACACCGUCGGUGUCGAGGUCAAGGGUGACGACAAGGGUCUCAUGAGCCAUCUGGUCGUCAAGGAUGUUACCACUGGCAAGGAGGAGACUCUUGAGGCCAACGGUCUUUUCUAUGCCAUCGGUCACGAUCCUGCUACCGCCCUCGUCAAGGGCCAGCUUGAGACUGACGCCGAUGGCUAUGUUGUCACCAAGCCUGGCACUACCCUUACCAGCGUUGAGGGUGUAUUUGCUGCUGGUGAUGUUCAGGAUAAGAGGUACAGACAGGCUAUCACCAGUGCCGGUACCGGCUGCAUGGCUGCCCUCGAUGCCGAGAAGUUUUUGUCGGAGCACGAGGAAACCCCCGCCGAACACCGCGACACCAGCGCCGUACAGGGCAACCUCUAGAGUUGAUUUCUUGGAUAGACAGCGUUUCGCUUAAAAAGUUGGUUCUGAAAAUACAGGAAUGAUACCCAGAGUAUGGCCGGCAAUUUUGAAUGCUUGAAAUUUUAGAUGUGCCAUGGAAGAUAAGAGAGAUGUCAGUUGUUGCCGCACCCGGGCAGUUCGUAUAUGUAGUGUUUAUACCAAAACACCAGCGAACAA